AUGUAUCCAACAUCGUGUGCUGCCAUAUCGGCGUGUCGUCUGUUAGUGGUUUAAAAAUCAAAAUGUUUUCCUAUAGAAAUUUAUUGCACAGUCGCUGUUAUUUAUCAAAAAAUAUUACAAGUUGUUCAUUUGGUUCGUCAUUACGUCCAAUUGCUAAAUUUGACCAUCCCGUCAACAGAGAUUCCAACUGUCCGACGUUGGAACUUCCUCAAAAAGACAGUUCCUUCGGAAUUAAAAGUCAUAACAUUGUAAAAUUGCCUGAACGGUUGAAGGAAGCGGUUGAUAAAAUCCUGGGUAGCUACCAGGAUCGAAACUUAAUUAACAACUCAGAAAGUUUGAACCAUCAUCUAAUAUUCAAAAAACCACCAUUGACAGAGUCUCAGCUAAAACAAAUAGAAGUAUCAUGCACUGAAAGAGUGAGUGCAACUCAUCUCUUUCCUGAUAUGUCAUUUAUGAGUGUUGAUGAUGAGAAGAGACUAUCAAACUCUUUAAACAAUAAAAUAAGAAGAAGUGUAAAACAAACAGCAUACAAAUGGAAACCAGUUGUUUACAACCAAUCAAUGGCCAUGGCGUACUUAGUGGCAAGGUUGGCUCCAGAUUUUGCAUCACUGUACAAAAUAUUCUCUGAAAUACGUAGUAGAGAUCCAGGCUUCCAACCACAAAAUCUGUUCGAUUUUGGCUCUGGGAUUGGCACAGCAUUAUGGUCAGCCAAGUCAUGCUGGGGGAUGGAUAAAUUCAAAGAAGUAUUCUGUGUUGAUUCCUCUGUUGAUAUGAACAAUCUUGCCAUCACCCUUAUUCAAGGAGGAGUAUGGCCCAAUCAACAGGGUGAAUCUAGGGUGAUGGGAGAGGAUGGCACAGAAGGAUCUUCUACCUUAAAAGGAUUUUAUUUUCGACAGUUCAUGCCUGCCUCUCCAGCUGUGAAAUAUGAUCUUGUUGUUUGCGCCCAUACUCUUCUGGAACUGCCUUCGGCAGAGCUACGUUUGCAAAUGGCCUUAUCGUUGUGGCGUAAAUCGCAAGGCUAUUUAGUGUUUGUAGAGCAUGGAAGUCGAGCGGCUUAUGAGGUAAUAGUUGAAAUUCGUGAUUUCUUACUCAGCUUAUCCGACGAAGGUAAGGAAGCCAAUCUUGAAGGACACGUUUUUUCCCCGUGCCCACAUGAGGCGCGUUGCCCAAGAUUUGCUGACUCAACUCCUUGCAAUUUUGAAGCUAAAUAUGAAUCCCUUAUGAAGAAACAGCAAGUGCUUAAAGAAAGGUUUUCUUAUGUAGUCCUGAAAAAAGGUCCUCGGUCUGAAACUGAUUCACGAUGGCCUAGAGUUGUUCGGCCUGUUCUCACUCGUUCUGGCCAUACUAUAUGCAGAUUAUGCACGAAUGAGGGAAAACUUGAAGAAAUAGUAGUUACCCGAUCAAAGCAUAGCAAAGAGGAUAACACAAUAGCUCGCAAAACGAAAUGGGGUGAUUUAUUACCUGUUCAGCUAUCCCAUCACGAAGCACAGCGCGACCAUUCACCUGACGACAAAGAAAAUUUUAAACUUUCCUGAUUUAUUGGUGACUUAACGAAGUAAAAUGGAAUACAAUUUGUCCUG